AUGAAUCAUCCUCUCUCAUUCAAUUCUCUCUCUCUCUCUCUCUCUCGCAAGCUCUCUCAAGCUCUCUCAACCAAUUCUCUCUCUCUUCAAUUCUUUCUCUCUCUCUCUUUCUCUCUCUUUCUCUCUCUCUCUCUCUCUCUCUCUCUCUCUCCGUGCUCGCACACACACACACAGGGCGGCGACGGCACUCCAGCGGUUUCCUUGGCAGCGGUCUCUCGCACAGACGCGGACUCACGCCUGCGCGGCACUCCGGAAGGUACCUUUAUCAUCCGUGAUAGCUCCAAGGGCGGCUCCUUUGUCCUGUCCGUCAGCGAGGGUGGCAAGGUCAGCCACUACAAGAUUGACCGCCGCAGCCCUUGCGUCUACGAAAUUGGUGACGAGUCUUUUGCUAACCUGCCGGAGAUUAUCGAGUUUUACAAGCGCCAUAUGCUCGACACCACCCCGCUCUCCGUGCCUUUGCCCCUUGAGGGCGAACUUGUGGGGGCAGAACUUGCCGCCAACUACCUCACCGAGGCCACCGCCCUCUACAACUUUAAUGCCCGUGACCCGGAAGAUCUCAGCUUCCGCAAGGGCGAGCAGCUCUUUGUUCUCGAAGUGACCGAACGCGAGUGGUGGAAGGCCCAGUCCCGCGCCACCCGCCAGAUCGGCAUGGUCCCCGCCAACUACCUCAAGACGGCCAAAAACAUCUUGCCAGACUUACCUGCUGAUUCCGCCCCCGAAGCCCCUGCACCCGAAGCCAUGGCCCCUGCUGCCAUUGAUCCCACUCCACCCCCGCUCGCCAGCCGUGGCCCCCUGCCUCCGCCUCCGGCCGAAACUCUCGCUGCAAUCGACCCCACCCCUGUCGUCACCCCGAGCUUACCCUCCCGCGAGCCCAAUAACGCCCCGGCCCGUGCCCCCGCCUCAUCCAGCGUGGUUCCAUCUUACUUCUACGAGCUCUCCAAAGACAAACUGCCCGACCGCCCAAACUUUGUUGUCUGCCGCGCCAAACUCGAUCGCAAUGCUAAGAGCUUUGACAAGAGUGCCCUCAGCUUCAAGGCCGGGGAUUUGAUUCACGUCCUGCAUCAGCCCAAAAACGGCUUGUGGCGCGGUAAACUGGUCAAUGGUGACUCUGGCAAGGUUGGCCAUUUUCCUUUCACACUUGUUGAACUGGUCGACGCCGGUGUCUAUGAUGAUGAGCUCAAUGCCAUGAAGAAGGUUUUCGUUGAGGAAAUGGAUGCCAUCUACGGCACGGCAUAG